AUGCAUAUUCGGAUGGCUCAAGCUCAAUUUCCAGCAGAUAAAUUACAGAUUUCUCAAUUAUUUUUUGAUAAAGAUACUGGAGAUGAAACAACGACCAAAUACUGGAUGGAGUGUUAUAUAAAGUGUGAGAUUCAGCGUGCAGAUUUAGAAGAAAUAAAUGCGAUGAACAUCAUUGAAAUCAACCGGCUUCGUGAGAGUAACACCCACGCAAAUAAAGCCCUCCGCCUCGAAAAUUCAAACUUGCGAGACCACGUGCUCCAGCUAACGAAUGAUUGCCAAAUUUUCUUAAAUAAAUGCUCCAAUCUAGAGCAGGAGUUGGCUAGAGUCCAGCAAGGAGUCCCCGUUCAAGAAAGCCCCAACCCAAUUUUUGAAAAUGCACUUCAAAUUUGGCAGCAUAACUUCGAGAAUUUUCAUAGAGGAGUUGAUUACCAAUGGGCUUUAGAUCUGACCGAGUUCCUGUUUGACCCAAAUGGCAAAAAAGUAGUCCCCCAGAUCAAAAUGUUUGUAAGGAAUCAAAGUAGUUUGUAUGGAAACCAGAGAUCCACUAAGAGUUACAACCUGCCUUGGCCAAAAAUUCGUUCGGAAGAUAAAGAAGACUGGGCGAAAGUUUGGAGACAGUUGAAGGAUAUUCAGGCGCAUCAGGUCCAGCUGGGAUUAAUUGUGUUGGAGCGGAAGUUGAAGAAUAACGUUAGAAAACGGAAAAAUUACAAAGCAAGGGAGCAAAAUGGGAAGAAGGAGAAGAGAGAUGAUAAAUAAUUGAACGAUAUUUUCAAUUUUUAAUUUUAACCUAAUAAAAAAAUAUUC